AUUUUUUUAAAAAGGACUUGGAGGCUGUAGAUGGUAGCAAUGCUUUCAAAGCUUCUGGCGUUCUUUCUCCUCGUUAAGCUUACAUCAUCAUCAGUGGACGGCCAUGAUUUCACCUAUAACGGAUUCCGCGGUGUGAACUUGACCCGAAAUGGCGUGGCGGAGAUCACAUCCGACGGACUCCUGAGCCUGACCAACACCAGCCUGUUUCAGAUAGGCCGCGCCUUCUACUCCGUUCCUGUCCGGUUCAAGAACUCAUCCAACGGUGAUCUUUUCUCCUUCUCUACCACCUUUGUAUUUUCCAUCGUUCCCGAAGAUCCUAAAGCGGGUGGCAAUGGGAUGGCAUUCGUCAUCUCCCCGUUGAAUAAUCUCCCCGGUGCAGUACCCGGCCGGUAUUUGGGACUCUUCAAUUUAACCAACGUUAAUGGAAAUUCAUCAAAUCACAUCGUGGCCGUCGAAUUCGACACUAUCCGGAGCCCCGAAUUCGAUGAUAUCGAUAACAACCAUGUUGGAAUCGAUAUCAAUGGCUUGAGAUCUACCAAUUCCUCUCCUGCAUCCUACUUUACUAACAAGAAGGGUGAGUUUAAGAACAUAAGCCUCGUAAGCGGCAAACCAAUACAAGCUUGGAUAGAAUAUAACAGUGUAGAGAAUCAACUCAAUGUAACAAUAUCUCCAAUCAACGUCCUUAAACCAAAUCGGCCACUCUUGUCGACGAGCAUUAAUCUUUCAUCAGACAUCUUGAAUGAAAUGUAUGUGGGGUUCUCCUCAUCACCGGGUGCCGAUCCCAUAUCCCAUUACAUUUUGGGAUGGAGCUUCAAAAUCAACGGACCAGCUACACCGCUCAAUCUCUCAACGCUUCCGAUUCCUCCUCGACGACCCCACCACAGUGAAAAGAAAUGGAUGAUUCUGGAAAUUGGGUUACCGUUAUUUAUCGUUUUUGUGCUAAUGAUCAUCUCCAUCGGCGUUUAUAAGGUGAGAAGAAAGAUCAAAUUCGCUGAAAUACUCGAAGACUGGGAGCUUGAAUAUGGGCCCCAAAGGUUCUUCUACAAGGAUCUCUUCAUCGCCACCAAGGGCUUCUCAGAUAAAGUGCUUCUUGGUGUUGGCGGCUUUGGUAGGGUGUACCGAGGCGUCCUACCAACGUCUGGGAUUGAAGUUGCAGUCAAGAAAAUCUCCCACGAAUCACGGCAAGGAAUGAAGGAGUUCAUCGCGGAGAUCGCCAGCAUCGGACGGAUCCGACACAAGAACUUAGUCCGGCUACUUGGAUACUGCCGGCGGAAGGGAGAGCUCCUACUGGUCUAUGAUUUCAUGCCAAACGGUAGUCUCGACAAGAUGAUCUUCGACCAUUCAGAGUCAGUGCUACAAUGGAAUAAUCGGUUUCAGAUAAUCAAAGGAGUAGCUUCGGGUCUUCUCUAUCUGCAUGAAGAUUGGGUGCAAGUAGUCCUUCAUAGAGAUAUUAAAGCCAGUAAUGUAUUAUUAGAUAAUGAUUUAAAUGGGAUGUUGGGAGAUUUCGGGCUGGCAAGAUUGUAUGAUCAUGGGACCGAUCCUCAGACGACUAACAUGGCUGGGACCGUUGGUUACAUUGCACCGGAGCUGGCUAGGACCGGUAAGGCGACGAAGAGCACUGAUGUGUUUGCUUUUGGGACCUUCAUGCUCGAAGUAGCUUGUGGGCGGAAGCCAAUAUCAUUGAGGGCGACGUUGGUGGAGGAGCCGAUCUUGAUCGAUCAGGUGCUGGAGUGUUUGAAGAGAAAAGCGAUCUUAGAGGUGGCGGACCCGAAGUUGGGAGGUGAUUAUGUGGUGGAAGAGAUGGAGCUGGUGUUGAAGGUUGGUUUGCUUUGUUCGCACCCGUUGGCUGCUUCGAGGCCGACUAUACGGCAAGUGGUGCAGAUUUUGGACAGUGAUGAUUCGGUGCCGGAACUGUCACUUGAUAGUUUCAAUAGUAGUAAUGAAUAUGCAGUGGGCCAUGAUGAAGGUUUUGAGGAUCUUGUGAUAUUGCUUCCUUCGUUGGAUACUCAGUCUUUACUCUCUGGUGGCCGUUGAAUGUAUAGAAUUAAUGUAGAUUUUAUCAUGUUUGUGCGGUUCGUAUAACAGUGGAUUGAGUUUUGAAAUGCAUGUGUGCUUGUAGAAUAUGUGUAUUCUACACCUCUUUGUGUGGGUCCACCGUAAUGUAAGACGGACAUCCAAUCCGUCCAUGAGGUGCGUCAGUUCAAGUUCACUGCUUAUAAUUAAAAUCAGGAUGUUUGAAUUAUUACUUUAAUAAGUA